AGGAACUUCAAACUCACGGAAUAAAAAGAAAACAGAAAAAGCAACAGUCUUUCACAAGCGCCGGCGCGUUCAAUAUCAAUCGCGCGUCAAAACCCAUUCUUCUUCUUUCUUCCGCUUUCACGCUCUCCUCCCCGUGAUCUCUCAACCCUCCCUUCAGUCCCUCUCUGCCAUCUCUACCGCCGCCUGACGAUGUCUUGCGGCCCCAAUUCCAGACCCAUCUGCACGCUCCUUUCAGAUCACAAACACGAUUCAGUUUUCAAGGAUUUUGCUUCACCGAAUACGAAAUUAAAAUUUGAGGAGAAUGAUUUAGGAGACAACUCUCACCAUCUUCCAGAUUCAAUAUCUUGUGAUGAUCCUAAAGUUGCCCAGAAUGAUUUAGGAGACAACAGUUUGAAACCCGAUGUGCUUCUCUUUUCUGAAGAAGAAGCAAGAAAACAGUUCCAAACCUUUUGCGAGGAGAAUGAAGUAGAAUACAUUGAUGAAGAAGUUGAACGCUACAGGUUCAGUAACUUCAAGAAAAGGCUUGAAUUUAUCGCCCACCUACAGAAACAGAACAAAGGCAAACCAGUUGCCCAUAAUGAUUUAGGAGACAUCAGUUUGAGUCCCGAUGUGCUUCUCUUUUCUGAUGAGGACGCCAGACAACAUUUUGCACGCUGGUGCCACCGAUAUGGACCAAUGUACGCUGACGAACAAGAGGAACAAUACAGGUUCAGUGUCUUCAAGAAAGAGCUUGAAUGGGUCACCCACCAACAGAACCUUGGUGUGGCAUGUUCCAUCAACGAUUACUCUGAUCUAACCCAUGAGGAAAAGAUUUCUUUACUUUUCUGUCGGAAUUGUGAUUAUGAAUCCGACAACGAACAAGACCACACUCAAGAGCCUCACGCUGAAAAAGAAAAAGGCUAUCUUAGUGAGGACGCAUCGGAGGAUGAUGCCUUCGACUGAAUCCCACAUGCUGAUCAAACCUCAGGAUCAAACCGAUCACCUUUUUAAGGAUUGACAUAACCUAAAAUCAAUCUUGGGAGCUUGUUUUAUCUCUUAUGUUACUGUGUUCGUAGUCUUAGCCGACUUCUCUAAGGCUUUUGUUGUUGUUAUUAUUAUUGUUGUUGUUGUUGUUGUUGUUGUUAGUUGUCUUUGUUUUCAGGAACAAGCUAAGGUAUGUUUUAAUUUAAAUUUUCAAUUUCAAGUGAUUUCCCUUGAUUCAA